AAUUUAAUCGAAGAAAAAUGAUAAAUGAAGUCCUUGGUAAGAAAUGAAUUGAAUUUGGCAAUACUGGUAGCAGAAUUAAGUUGAGUGCAUGAGAAGAAGGUUAGAUUGACGAGAGGGAAAUUUAGAAAGGUAGUUAGUUGACUGAAGGUAGUUGAGUGCAAAAUCAAAUAUGUUGGAAGGUGUGGCGCCGCCACUCAACAAACAAACAUUUUUAUUGCAUAGGAAAUGGAUGGAUGGAUGGAUGUUACAACCACCACACAUUCAUAAUACUACUCCUAACAAAGUAACAAACAGUCAAUGGACCUAACUAACUAACUAACUAACAUUUUUAUUCUUCUUUAUCAUCCAUCAAUCCUCUCACCUUCUCAUUCAUCACUCUCACUCACUCUACUCUACUCCAAACCCCUUCCUUUCCUUGCUUCUCAUCUCUUCUCAUACUAACUAACUAUUUCUUUCUUUGCUAGCUAUGGCGGAGGAACUCGAUAAACCUUUGCUUGAUCCCGAUAAUUUCAACCGCGAGGGAAUUGAUUUGGAGCGCAUACCACUAGAGCAAGUAUUUGAACAGUUGAAAACAUCACCGAGAGGACUUUCAUCCGAUGAUGCUGAAGCCCGACUUCACAUAUUUGGCCCAAACAAACUUGAAGAGAGGAAAGAGAAUAAAAUAUUGAAAUUUCUUAGUUUUAUGUGGAAUCCUCUUUCAUGGGUUAUGGAAGCAGCGGCACUGAUGGCAAUUGUCCUUGCCAAUGGCGGAGGGGAGGGUCCUGAUUGGCAAGACUUUGUAGGGAUUGUAUGCUUGCUGGUAAUAAACUCAACAAUUAGUUUUAUAGAAGAAAAUAAUGCUGGUACUGCUGCAGCAGCAUUGAUGGCUCGCUUAGCUCCUAGAACAAAGGUUCUAAGAGAUGGCCAGUGGCAAGAAGAUGAUGCAGCUAUUUUAGUACCUGGUGAUAUAAUAAGCAUAAAGCUGGGAGAUAUCAUUCCAGCCGAUGCUCGUUUGCUCGAAGGAGACCCUCUCAAAAUUGACCAGUCAGCCCUUACUGGAGAGUCCCUACCUGUCACAAAAAAAACUGGUGAUGAGGUCUUUUCAGGCUCCACAUGCAAACACGGAGAGAUUGAAGCCGUAGUGAUAGCAACAGGGGUUCAUUCCUUUUUUGGAAAAGCAGCACACUUGGUUGACAGUACCGAAGUUGUUGGACACUUUCAGAAGGUUCUUACCUCAAUUGGUAACUUCUGCAUUUUCUCUAUAGCUAUAGGGAUGAUUCUUGAAAUAAUUGUAAUGUUCCCCGUGGAGCACCGAUCAUACAGGGAUGGAAUCAACAACCUUCUUGUUCUCCUGAUUGGAGGAAUUCCCAUUGCUAUGCCAACAGUAUUAUCUGUAACGCUUGCCAUUGGAUCCCAUCGCCUUUCUCAGCAGGGAGCUAUUACAAAAAGAAUGACAGCAAUUGAAGAAAUGGCAGGCAUGGAUGUCCUAUGCAGUGACAAAACGGGUACUCUUACGCUAAAUCGCCUGAGUGUUGAUCAAAAUCUUAUAGAGGUCUUUAACAACAAUAUGGACAAAGAUAUGAUUGUUCUACUAGCAGCUAGGGCAGCUAGAUUGGAAAAUCAGGAUGCCAUUGAUGCUGCCAUUGUUAAUAUGCUAGCUGAUCCAAAGGAGGCUCGUGCAAACAUCACUGAAGUUCAUUUUCUACCAUUCAAUCCCGUAGACAAACGUACAGCAUUAACAUACAUUGAUUCUGAUGGCAACUUUUACAGGGCCAGCAAAGGAGCUCCAGAACAGAUUCUAAAUAUGUGCCAAGAGAAAGACAUAAUUGCCGGAAAAGUGCAUGCAAUCAUAGACAACUUUGCUGCAAGGGGAUUGCGAUCUCUUGCGGUUGCUUUUCAGGAAGUUCCUGAAAAAUCCAAGGAUAGCCUUGGAAGUCCGUGGACUUUUUGUGGUUUAUUGCCUUUGUUUGAUCCACCGAGACACGAUAGUGCUGAGACCAUCCGAAGAGCACUUAACCUUGGAGUUUGUGUUAAGAUGAUUACAGGGGAUCAGUUGGCUAUUGCAAAGGAGACAGGCAGAAGACUAGGCAUGGGGACAAAUAUGUACCCUUCUUCAUCUUUGUUGGGUCGCAACAAAGAUGCGAAUGAAGCUCUCCCAGUAGACGAACUCAUUGAAAAGGCAGAUGGAUUUGCUGGUGUAUUUCCUGAACACAAAUAUGAAAUAGUCAAGAUUUUACAAGAAAAGCAACAUGUUGUUGGAAUGACUGGAGAUGGAGUAAAUGAUGCCCCAGCAUUGAAGAAAGCGGAUAUUGGAAUAGCUGUGUCAGAUGCUACAGAUGCUGCAAGAAAUGCUGCUGAUAUAGUCUUGACCGAGCCUGGGUUAAGUGUUAUUAUUAGCGCUGUGUUAACUAGCCGAGCUAUAUUUCAAAGGAUGAAAAAUUAUACAAUAUAUGCAGUCUCCAUCACCAUAAGGAUAGUGCUUGGUUUUGUGCUCCUAGCAUUAAUCUGGGAGUAUGAUUUUCCACCCUUCAUGGUCCUGAUCAUUGCAAUCCUAAAUGAUGGUACUAUCAUGACCAUAGCUAAAGACAGAGUAAAGCCGUCCCCAACACCUGACAGUUGGAAACUGCCUGAGAUAUUUGCAACAGGAGUAGUGAUUGGCACUUACCUUGCUUUGGUUACUGUCCUGUUCUACUGGGCAGUAGUUGAGACCACUUUCUUUGAGACCUACUUCCAUGUAACCUCUCUAUCCAGUGAGAGUGAGAAAGUUUCGUCGGCUGUAUAUCUCCAAGUUAGCAUCAUUAGCCAGGCUCUAAUUUUUGUUACUCGUAGCCGUGGUUGGUCAUUUCUAGAGAGACCUGGAACUUUAUUGAUUUGUGCCUUUGUAAUAGCUCAACUGGUGGCCACCUUAAUUGCAGUCUAUGCAAAUAUCAGUUUUGCUGAAAUUCAAGGGAUUGGAUGGGAAUGGGCUGGUGUUAUAUGGUUAUUUAGUUUAAUAUUCUAUGUACCCUUGGACAUCAUUAAGUUCACAGUGCGCUAUGCCUUGAGCGGAGAAGCUUGGAAUCUCCUAUUUGACAGAAAGACUGCUUUUACAUCUAAGAAAGACUAUGGGACGAAAGAUAGGGCAGCAAAGUGGGUUCUUUCACAGGGAAGUCUGCAAGGACUAAAUCAGAUGUCCUCGGGCUUGGAGGUCAGUGGAAGGCGGUCUUCUCUAAUAGCUGAGCAGGCCAGACGACGUGCUGAAAUAGCCAGGCUGGGGGAGUUGCACACACUCAGAGGACAUGUAGAGUCUGUUUUGAGACUGAAAAAUUUAGACCUGAAGGCGAUCCAAUCAGCUCACACGGUCUGAUGCCACCAUGGACCUAUUUAAGUGAAUUUAAGAUUGAAGUAAUUGGUCAAUGUGUUCAAUUUUAUAUGAUGCCAAAAGAUGGAGAUUCCACUAUAGUGUAGUACUAGACGUUAUUCCUUCUCGCGCCUUUUCUCAUUCUUUGGACACCAAUAUUUUCAUUUUGGUAUGAGGGUUACUGAUGGAAAUUCAGAAUGAUAAACUCUUCUUGUUGAGAGCAUUGUGUUAUGGAAUGAUAAAGCACCUCUGUUAAUGAGAGCAUGCAGUAGUUUUUCUUGGGGAAAUAUAUAUGUAAUAGUUAUGAGGACUGUUGAACUGUCACUCUGUAUUUACAAUUUGACACUUCAAUAGAAAAACACGUCACAAGUUCAAAACCUGAUACUUGAAUAAAAUACCUUUGUUAC